AUGCCUCAAGAUGCAGGGCUGAUUGGAUCAUACCUCUCAUUGGGAAUUCAAGCAUUAUUACCUAUAUUUCUAGGCUCAUUUAAAUCCCUUAAAACACCAGAGUCCACUUUGCGCAAGAGACGAUUAUCGCGCAAAGCACAGUUAUUAGGUGAAGAUGAAGAUGAGGACGAGGAAGAGGAAGCCAUUGAGGAGACAUUGACGUGGACAGAUUCAUUACUAUUCCCUGUAUUUGGAUCGAUAGCUUUGGUUGGAUUAUGGUUGAUAUUGAAAUAUGGUGGAAGAGAAUGGAUCAAUAUCAUUCUUGGCGUCUAUUUCACAGGAGCAGGGAUGUUCGCCAUGCAUUCUACCUUUUCAUCCAUCACAAAUUGGACCACACGAGGGCUAGGGUAUAAAUCUACCACAUAUCAUAUUCGAAUUUCCGCUGGCAUUCGACAAAUAUUCCAUCUACCAACUACACUUCCUUCGCUUGUGCUUAUUCCGGUCUCGAUAGCGCUUCCACUAUUAUACAUUCCGCUUGGUCGACCCUACAUCUUAUCCAACGUCUUAGCUCUUUGCUUAUCGACAGCAACACUGGCAUUACUGAAACUUGAUUCGUUCUUGACUGCAUUCAUCCUAUUAGGUGUCUUGUUGAUCUAUGACAUCUUCUGGGUCUUUGCUACUCCUGUGAUGGUAACCGUUGCUAAAGGAAUCGAUGCUCCUAUCAAAAUCAUGUCACCCAAGACGUCACCUUUUGGACAUCCAAAAGAAUUUUCAAUGUUGGGACUAGGUGAUAUCGUUAUUCCUGGCUUAGUUAUCGCUUUGUGUCUCCGAUAUGAUUUGGCAAGAUACGUUAACACUCAUCCAAAUGAAGAAGUUACAACGAGAAGCAAAUUCUCCAAACCAUAUUUCUACAUCGGUAUCAUAAGUUAUAUUUUUGGAUUGGGAACUACAAUGGUUGUAAUGCAUACUUUCAAAGCUGCUCAACCUGCUUUACUCUACCUCUCGCCAGCUUGUACUCUGGGACCACUCUUAUUGGCUUUGGCAAGAGGAGAGAUCAAAGAUUUAUGGGCUUGGUCCGAUGCUCCGAAACAAGAAGAAGAUCAAAAAGUUAUCGACGAGAGUAUUGAAGCUGCUUCUGAAGUAGCAAUCAAAGCUCGAGCAGAAGUCAAGGCUGCUCAAGCGACAUCUGACAAUCAGACGGAAGUACCUGAGAUCAAUGGCGAUGCAGGCACAGUGUUAGAUCAAGAUGAUAGCUGGAUGACAAGCGGAUCAAUCAAUACCGAUGAGGGGAAAGCUAGGAAGCGAAAAGGUGGAAAGAAAAAGUAG